GACACUUAACAUUUUAUCUCAACUAAAUGCAUAACAUCUAAAAAAACAAUAGAAAUUUUUUGAGUUUAUUGAUAUUUUGGUAGAUUAAAAUUUGAAAAGAAUGAAACGACAAAAUGUUCGUACCCUGUCUUUGGUUGUUUGCACCUUUACCUAUUUACUUAUUGGAGCAGCAGUUUUUGAUGCAUUGGAGUCUGACACAGAAAGUAAAAGAUGGGAAGUUUUGUCUGACAUGAAGAAUGGUUUAGUACGAAAAUACAAUAUCACACCAGAAGACUAUCAUAUGAUAGAAAUAGUGAUUAUAGAGAACAAGCCACACAAAGCUGGUCCUCAAUGGAAGUUUGCUGGUGCAUUCUACUUUGCAACUGUUGUACUAGCCAUGAUUGGAUAUGGCCAUUCUACUCCAGUCACUGUCGGAGGCAAAGCUUUUUGUAUGGCAUAUGCUAUGACUUUUAAGGAUAUAAUGAUUCUGGAUGUCGCCAUAAAUUGGGUGGGCAUACCGCUGGGUCUAGUGAUGUUCCAAAGUAUUGGUGAGCGUCUGAACAAAUUCGCGUCAGUGGUUAUACGGCGAGCUAAAUGUUAUUUGCGAUGUAAUACAACUGAGGCAACCGAAAUGAAUCUUAUGUUUGCCACUGGAAUGUUGUCUUCCAUUAUAAUUACAACAGGUGCAGCAGUGUUUUCAAGAUAUGAAGGAUGGAACUAUUUUGACAGCUUCUAUUAUUGCUUUGUCACUCUUACUACUAUAGGAUUUGGAGAUUAUGUUGCUUUACAGAAUGAUCAAGCCCUAACAAGUAAGCCGGGAUAUGUAGCACUGAGUUUGGUGUUCAUUCUGUUUGGAUUGGCCGUGGUUGCAGCUAGUAUCAACUUGUUGGUCCUACGAUUUAUGACUAUGCAAGCUGAAGAAAGCGCUCGUGAUGAAGACAAGGAUGGAUCGAAGACGUUGCUACCAAUAGAUGGUCAUAUUAUUACUACCCAACAGAGAUCCCAUGAAGACCAGGCUUCAGUUUGUUCCUGCAACUGUUUGGGAAAUAAAACUUGGGACAGUGGCGCCCUCCUACCGCCCGUCCCAUCUCAUCAUGAAUUUCUCGAUCAUUCCCUGUGCACAGAGCUGAUAGAACGAGCUUCUAUUUAAAAAAAAAAUAUAAUUAUCUGUGCCAACAAACCUUUUAAAUGUCAAAGCCACGAACUUUGUGGUUGCCAUAGACAAGUAACUCUCUGGUUGCCAAAAUCAACAAAUUACGUAUGUAAUUAAAUGUAUUACGAAUG